AUGACUUCCAGUUCCCCACAUCAACCAAGGCAAGUCGCUGCCCUGCUUGAAGGCCAACGCAAGGUCGAUGUGUACGAGGCUACAGGUGGUGCCGUGACUUCCCAGUUCGCAGCACACAACCUCUCGCUCAUUCCACCCAUGCCUCCGAAUGCCAUCAUCCACGACAACGCAUGUGGAGCUGGUACAGUCUCUCGAAAGAUUCUCUCCUCGAAGACGCCAACAGGUCUUAAGAUCCACGCCACAGACAUCGACCAAGUCUUCCUCGACGCACUCCAAUCAGACGUGCAGAAGAACUCCUGGCCCAUCGAGGUAUCAAACCAGAGGUCUGAAUGUUUAUCGUUCCCAGACGACCACUUCACCCACUCAAUCAACAACAUCGGCAUCUUCUUCACCAGCUCCGCCGGUCUCGACGGCGCCAAAGAAAUCUACCGCACACUGCAACUCGGCGGCACCGCAGUAGUAAACUGCUGGGAGGACGUCACCUGGCUCCCACCCUUCGCACUCGUGCAUCAAGCCCUCCGUCCAGGGAAAUCGUACCCCGCCCCGCCUAUACUUUGGAAAGACGGUCAGCAGAUCCAGAAAGUGAUGUUGGAGGCGGGUUUCUCGCGAGCAAAUAUGAGGGUAGAGAAGAGCGAGGCUUGGGCGAAGACUAGCGAUUUGAGAGACUGGGCAGAGAAAUCUUGGGCGUAUCUGGGUGGCAUAGGUGGGUGGGCGGAGACAGAUGGUGAGAGGUGGGACGAGGCAGUUAAUCUGCUGGUGAAGCAUCUUUUGGAGCAAGAGGGAACGAAGAGGGUUGGUGAGGAAGUUUGGAUGAGAGCUAGUCAGUGGGUGGUCAUUGCUACGAAGUAA